AAAAAAAAAUCAAUUACAAGAACCAGACUCUAAUUUAAACCAGCUAAUGGAGAAAUAUUUAUUGGGCCACAAAAAUUUCUUUGAAAUUCUAAAAUUCUAAAAAAAUUCAAAAUUCAGCGUAUCGAGUACUGCGUAUCUUGCUCCCCAGUUUUUGGAGUUAUAAUUUUGAAAUUCCAAAAGGGGGAACUUCAAAUUUAGCAUAUCGAGCAUUAGAAGUAUAAAUAUCGGCGAAUUGGUGUUAAUUUUGGUAUAUGAUUGGGUGAACUGAUUAGUAAGCAUGACUAUUCUCAGCAGAUUCUUCCACAACAAAAGACCCCCAGAUGGGUUGCUUGAAUUUUCUGAUAGAGUUUAUGUUUUUGAUACUUGUUUUUCUACGGAUGUUCUGCGGGAUGGAAUUUACCAAAUUUAUCUUCACGAGGUCAUAAAUGAAUUGCGUGAAGCGUUUCCUGAUUCGUCCUUUCUUGCUUUCAAUUUCCGAGAAGGACAGAAGCGUAGUUUGUUUGCAGAGACAGUAAGUGGAUAUGAUGUUAUGGUACUGGACUAUCCUAGGCAAUAUGAGGGCUGCCCCGUGUUGCCAUUGUCACUGGUACACCACUUUCUCCGUGUUUCUGAUAAUUGGCUUUCGGGGCAUAAUCAGCAUAAUAUUAUUUUGCUGCAUUGCGAGAGAGGUGGUUGGCCACUUUUGGCAUUUCUUUUGGCUAGUUUUCUGAUAUUCAGAAAAUUAAAUAGUGGUGAAAGGAGGACUCUUGAGAUGGUCCAUCGCGAGGCCCCAAAAGGGUUUUUAAAGCUGUUAUCUCCCCUAAAUCCGUUUGCUUCUCAACUCCGCUAUCUUCAGUAUGUUUCAAGGAGGAAUUUAUCUCCAGAGUGGCCACCCCCUGAACGGACACUUUCCUUGGAUUGUCUUAUUCUCAGAGGAAUACCUAGCUAUGAUAGCCACAGUGGCUGUAGGCCCGCCUUUCGCAUCUUUGGCAGAAACCUCCAUAAUAAGGAUGGGUUAUCAACUCAGAUGCUCUUCUCUAUGUCUAACAAGAAAAAGAGCCUUAAUCAUUACCGACAGGCAGACUCUGAUGUGAUUAAAAUUGAUAUCCAGUGUGUGGUGCAAGGAGAUGUUGUACUUGAAUGUGUACAUCUAGACUUGGACCUAGAACGAGAGGUUAUGAUGUUCAGAAUAGUGUUCAACACUGCUUUUAUUAGGUCAAACAUUUUAAUAUUGAACUGUGAAAACUUGGAUAUUCUCUGGGAUGCCAAGGAACGGUAUCCAAAAGGUUUCCGAGCAGAGGUACUGUUUGGUGAAAUUGAGAGUUUGUCUCCCUUGAAAGAACCAACCGCAGUUUUAAAUGGUGAAGAGAGGGGUGGAUUGCCUAUUGAAGCGUUUUCAGCAGUUCAGGAACUAUUCAAUGGUGCAGAAUGGGUCGAAAAUAGUGAUGACGCUACUAUGUGGUUGCUGAAGCAACUUUCUGUUUUGCAAAGUAGGCUAAGCUCAAAUACAUCACCUGCUGACUCAGAAGAGGCGUCAAGUGUUGCUGAUUCAGAUUUUUUUAUGGAGCCUGAAAACUUUUAUGAGUCAUCAAACGCAAGUAUGACAAAUUUUCUUGAUGAUCCCUUGUCUCAUGAUUCUGCAUCAGAUGAAGCAUCAGAUCUCCUAUCCAAUCCUUCUGGAGAUAAAAGUUUAGUCCAACAUAGUGUUUAUUCGGACCUUGAGAAUGAUGCUCUACAUGAUAUGCCCACUCAAUUGGAAAAUGUUGCACAGGUCGAUCUUACUCCUAGGUUGGUUGGACAUGAAUCUCUAACUGAGGUCAAAGAAAGUGCUUCUUCAUCUUUUGUUGUCACUGAUACAAACAAGCAAGAAGUUCUGCCAGCAGAAGCACUGUCUCCUCUUCCACCUCUUCCAAUUGAAUCAAGGACAGAAUUGCCGCCACCUCCACCACCACCUCCUCCUCCGUUGCCUCCAGCUCCUUUUAUGAGUUCAAAUAGAGAGCGUGAUAGCAGCAGCUAUGAUUCAAGUAUUUCUACUCAGUCACUCUUUAUGCCUCCACCUCCACCACCUCCGCCUAUAUCCCUUUCAAAGGCUACAGAAUAUAACUCUGUACCUCCUCCUCCACCGCCACCGCCUCCACCCUCUUUUGGGGAUACAUUUAACAAGUCUGUACCUCCUCCUCCUCCUCCCCCUCCACCGCCUCCGCCUCCGCCCCCUUUUGGGGAUACAACUAACAAGUAUGCACCUCCACCACCACCACCACCACCUCCACCCCCUUUUGGGGCAUCAGCUAACAAGUCUGUACCUCCUCCACCACCACCGCCCCCGCCCCCUUUUGGGGUAUCAGCUAACAAGUCUGUACCUCCUCCCCCACCACCACCACCUCCCCCUUUUGGGGUAUCAGCGAACAAGUCUGUACCUCCCCCACCACCACCACCACCACCACCUCCCCCUUUUGGGGUAUCAGCGAACAAGUCUGUACCUCCCCCACCACCACCACCACCACCACCUCCCCCUUUUGGGGUAUCAGCUAACAAGUUUGUACCUCCUCCUCCACCACCACCACCACCACCUCCACCCCCUUUUGGGGUUUCAGCUAACAAGUCUGUACCUCCUCCACCACCACCACCACCACCCCUUUUCGGGGUAUCAGCUAACAAGUCCUUACCUCCUCCACCACCACCACCACCUCCACCACCCUCUUUUGGGGCAUCAGCUAAUAAGUCUGUACCUCCUCCACCACCACCUCCACCAUCACAUGGUCUAAGUAAUUCUGCAAAAGUAAAUGCUCCCCUACCUCCCCCAUUACCAACAAGGUCAGGUCCACCUCCGCCACCUCCGCCUCCUCCUGGGAAUGGUAACCUCAUAAGAAUGCCUCCCCCUCCCCCACCACCUCCAUCCAAUAAUUCUACAAGACCACCUCCCCCACCACCUCCACCUUCAACCAAAGGUACUUCCAAAAUUACACCACCACCUCCACCAGCACCACCUGGUCCUAUGCGACAAGUCUCAAAACCUGCCCCACCUCCGCCUCCUGCACCAAAAGGUCCUGGUCCCGGGCCGCCUCCACCCCCCGCACCUAAGGGAGGUGCACCACCUCCCCCUCCAUCGUCUGUUGGAAGGGGAAAAUCUUCUGUAGGGAUGACUAGUUCAAGAAAUAGACCUGCUUCUACAACGAUAAAGAAGGCUCCAUUAAGAGCUCUACAUUGGUCAAAGGUUACUCGAGCAGUUAAGGGAAGUUUAUGGGCUGAUACACAAAAGCAGGAGAGUCAGGCAGUGGCCCCUGAGAUAGACAUAUCAGAACUUGAAAGCUUGUUCUCGGCUAAUACUGAUGCAAGUGGUGGGGGUAAAGUAGGCGUUCGGCGUGGCACUAACGUUAAAAAACCAGAAAAAGUUCAAUUGGUUGAUUUGCGUAGAGCUUAUAACUGUGAAAUAAUGCUUACGAAAAUAAAGAUGCCUCUUCCAGAUAUGUUGAGUGCUGUUCUUGCAUUAGAUUCAUCAGCACUGGACAUUGAUCAAGUUGAAAACCUGAUAAAAUUUUGUCCGACAAAAGAGGAAAUGGAAACGCUGAAGAAUUACACUGGGGAUAGAGCUAUGCUUGGGAAGUGUGAGCAGUUUUUCUUGGAGCUGAUGAAGGUCCCACGAGUUGAAUCUAAAUUGCGAGUAUUUGCUUUCAAAAUUACAUUUUCUAGCCAGGUUAGUGAAUUGAGAGGCAACUUGGAUACAAUUAAUGCUGCUUCGCGAGAGGUAAGAGAAUCUGUGAAGCUGAGACAAGUGAUGCAGACUAUUUUGACAUUAGGAAAUGCAUUAAAUCAAGGCACUGCAAGAGGUGCUGCUGUUGGAUUCAAACUAGACAGUCUUCUUAAAUUAUCUGAUACACGUGCCAGAAACAACAAAAUGACCUUAAUGCACUACCUUUGUAAGCUUCUAGCUGAGAAAAUGCCCGAGUUGCUGGAUUUUGACAAGGAUCUUGUUCACUUAGAAGGAGCUUCAAAGAUACAAUUGAAAUCAUUGGCUGAAGAAAUGCAAGCUGUGAGCAAAGGCCUUGAGAAGGUUGAGCAGGAACUUGCUGCAUCAGAUAAUGAUGGAGCUAUCUCUACAGGCUUCCGGAAGGUCUUAAAAGGUUUCCUAGAUACAGCUGAAGCUAAAGUCAGGUCUCUCACCACAUUGUAUUCAGAAGUGGGAAGAAAUGCAGAUUCACUUUGCCAGUACUUCGGGGAAGAUCCCGCUAGGUGUCCAUUUGAGCAAGUGACACAAAUACUGUUCGUGUUCGUGAAGCUGUUCAACAAAUCUCGAGAAGAGAAUGCCCAACAGGCUGAAGCCGAAAAGAAGAAGUUGGAGAAAGAAGCUAUGAAAGAAAAAGCUGCUGCUACUUCUGCUGCAAAAAAGGAAGGAUUGGAUCUUGAAAGGUCCAAACAAAAUUCCACAAAUAGAAGACAAUCAACACGGGUUAUUGAGAGAUGAUCAAACAAAUAACACAAGAAAUAUAUAGAGAUGGAAGUUCAUCUUUCCAUUGAAGCUUCUGGUUUGUGUUCAGAAAUCUGGGUUACUCACUCAGAUUAUGAAUGUUGAGGAUCAGUUUACAUAAAACCAGUUUACAAGGGUUCAUGAAUUGUGUAUAAUAUCUCAAAGGUCAGAAAUGAGUCUGUUUAGGCAUCUUUUUAUGCCUCUUAAUGUUUCUGCAAUUUUUCCUCUUUAUAUCUUUGAUUUUUAAUCAUUUUGUUUCAAACAUUUAGUGUUUACUGUGUAUAGGAUGUACAUUUCUGUAAUUACAAAGAGUUAGUAAAGUACUCGUAUGAAAUGAUAUACACGAUUCCUUUCUCCUUUGCUCGAUA